UGGAUCUAAUGAAUCUAACGGAUCUAAUAAAUAUAAUGGAUCUAAUGAAUCUAAUGGAUCUAGUGAUCUAAUAGAUCUAAUGGAUCCAAUCUAAUGGGUCUAAUGGAAUCAGAUGUCCAUUAAUAGGUUCGAUUAUAUUUAUUAUUUAAUCACAUGUAAAUAUUCCAAAUAGAUCAUUACGAGCAUUUAAUUACUUUGUGAAUACCUCAAAUGGUCUAUUUGGAUUAUUUGGAAUAUUUAGAAAUAAUAAAUUCUAAACUUUAUUUGGUUUAUUCUUUUUCUUUUUAUGCUCCACGAUUAUUAUAUUAUAUUAUAUUAGCUUUUAUUUCAUGUAUUCAUUUAUUUUAUUUAGUUUUAUUUAUUUAUUUCAAAGAUUCCUUUUUUUCUCAAUAAAAAUUUAUCAUUUAUCUUACUACUGAUUUUCCAUC